CCCAGCCUACAGAGUUGACAGGAAGGGGCAUCAUCGUCACAGCGCCCAGCACGUAAUUUAUGGGAAAGCAUUGCAUCCCGUAACAAGAAAGGAAACACACAUUGUUGUGGUAACCAACGGCCAAAAAACAACCCAAAUAACGCUAGCCGGACACACAACCCUCGAACACACACACUAUGUCGAUCCCUCGCCCACGGGGACCUUGAAGUCGACCCGUUGACGCUUUUAUUUUUUAAAAAAGAGUCCGGGGGACCUUUUUUUUAAUUUUUUUUCCCGUGGCGGGGGGACGAUGGGGAACACGGCCACCAAGUUCCGCAAGGCGCUGGUCAACGGCGACGAGCUGCUGUCCUGCCAGCUGUACGAGGGCAACCCCCAGUUCAAGGAGGCGAUGGACCCCAACACCAGCUACGGAGAACCCUACCAGCACAACACGGCGCUGCACUACGCAGCACGCCACGCCAUGACGCGCCUGCUCAGGUCCUUCAUCUUCAGCAAGGACGGCAACCCCAACAAGCGCAACGUCCACAACGAGACGGCCCUGCACCUGCUGUGCAUGGGGCCCCACAUACUGGGCGGCGAGGGGCCCCUGCACCCCCGCAUCACGCGGCCGUACGAGGACGAGCGCCGGCGCGCCGACUGCCUGCAGGUCAUCCUGGCGUGGACCGGCGCCAAGCUGGACCAGGGCGAGUACGAGAGCGCCGACAUCAACGCCACGGACAACCGCAAGAACACCUGCCUGCACUACGCCGCCGCCUCGGGCCUGAAGACCUGCGUGGAGUACCUGGUGCAGCGGGAGGCGGACCUGUUUGCGGAGAACGAGAGGCGGGAGACCCCGUGCGACUGUGCGGAGCAGCACCGCCACACAGAGCUGGCCCUCAGCCUGGAGUCCCAGAUGGUCUUCUCCCCGGCCCCCGAGGCCGAGGGCAUCGACGCCGAGUACGCCGCGCUGGACCACCGAGAGCUCUAUGAGGGCCUGCAGCCGCAGGAUCUGCGGCGACUGAAGGACAUGCUGAUUGUGGAGACGGCGGACAUGCUGCAGGCCCCCCUGUUCACCGCCGAGGCCCUGCUCCGAGCCCACGACUGGGACAGAGAGAAGCUUCUGGAGGCCUGGAUGACCAACGCCGAGGCCUGCUGCCAGCGCUCCGGGGUGCAGAUGCACAACCCGCCGCCCACUGGCUGCAACGCCUGGGACACCCUGCCCUCGCCGCGGACGCCGCGUGUCGCCCGCUGCUCCAUCCCCACCACCCCCGACCAGAUCUGCCUCACCCCUGCCGACGAGGACACCGCUCUGUGUGGCAUCUGCAUGUGCUCCAUGUCGCUGUUUGAGGAGCCCGUCGACAUGUCCUGCGGCCACGAGUUCUGCCGAGUCUGCUGGGAAGGGUUCCUCAACCUGAAGAUCCAGGAGGGCGACGCCCACAACAUCUUCUGCCCCGCCUUCGACUGCUUCCAGCUGGUUCCCGUGGAGGUCAUCGAGAGCGUGGUGUCCCGGGAGAUGGACCGGCGCUACCUGCAGUUUGACAUCAAGGCCUUCGUGGAGAACAACCCGGCCAUCCGCUGGUGUCCGCGGGCGGGCUGCGAGAGGGCCGUGCGCCUCAACUCCCAGGAGACCCGGGGGUCCUCCGCCAACCCGCUCAGCUUCGCCCUGCUCCGAGCCCCCGCUGUGGACUGCGGCAAGGGCCACCUGUUCUGUUGGGAGUGUCAAGGAGAAGCCCAUGAACCCUGUGACUGUGACGUCUGGAAGCUGUGGCUGCAGAAAGUGAGCGAGAUGCGGCCGCAGGAGCUGGGCGGGGUGAGCGAGGCCUACGAGGACGCGGCCAACAGCCUGUGGAUGCUCACCAACUCCAAGGCCUGCGCCAACUGCAAGUCGCCCAUCCAGAAGAACGAGGGCUGCAAUCACAUGCAGUGCGCCAAGUGCAAAUACGACUUCUGCUGGAUCUGCCUGGAGGAGUGGAAGAAGCACAGCUCGUCGACCGGCGGCUACUACCGCUGCACGCGCUACGAGGUCAUCCAGCAGGUGGAGGAGCAGUCCAAGGACAUGACGGUGGAGGCGGAGAAAAAGCACAAGAGCUUCCAGGAGCUGGAUCGGUUCAUGCACUACUUCACCCGCUUCAAGAACCACGAGCACAGCUACCAGCUGGAGCAUCGGCUGCUGAAGACGGCAAAGGACAAGAUGGAGCAGCUUAGCCGUGCGCUGUGUUCGAAAGAAGGCGGCCCCCCUGACACCACGUUCAUCGAGGCCGCGGUGCUGGAGCUCCUGAAGACCCGACGGAUCCUCAAGUGCUCCUACCCCUACGGCUUCUUCCUGGAGCCCCGCAGCACCAAGAAGGAGAUCUACGAGCUCAUGCAGACGGACCUGGAGAUGGUGACGGAGGACCUGGCCCAGAAGGUCAACCGGCCGUACCUGCGCACGCCGCGCCACAGGAUCCUCCGGGCCGCCUGUCUGGUGCAGCAGAAGAGGCAGGAGUUCCUGGCCUCAGUGGCGAGGGGCGUGGCCCCCAACGACUCCCCCGAUGCCCCCAGACGCAGCAGCUUCGCUGGCGGGACCUGGGACUGGGAGUAUUUGGGCUUUGCAUCACCCGAGUCUGACUCUGAGAAUGUUUCAGAGUACACCGAGUUCCAGUACAGACGGAGACACCGGCAGAGGAGACGAGGAGACAUGGGCAGUCUGCGCAGCAACAGCCCAGACGGAGAGGACCCCGCGGACCCCGGUUUAGGUGGUCCGGAAGGGCAUGGACAAAGGCGUCGGCUGGCGGACCACGGCUCCUUGGACGACGAGGACCCCAACAUCCUGCUGGCCAUCCAGCUGUCCCUCCAGGACUCCGCCAUGCCAGGGGGCUGGGCCAACCCGCCGGCCCCGGCCCACGAGGCCUCCCUGGGGGCCAUCGGCACGUCGCUGCCCUCCCGGCUGGAGCAGAGCGCCCGGGGCCUGGAGGUCCUCCCCCGAUCCUCCCUCAGCAGCUCGGAGCUGCUGGAGCUGGCCAGCGUCAACAUCAGCCCCAGCCAGUACUCUGCCGUGGCGGUGUCCUCCAGCCAGCACCACCACCACCACCAGCAUCAGCCACAGCAGCGGCGCUUCAGCGGCUCGCUACCCUUCCCCGUGGCCUCCCGUGGGGGCGGCGGCGGCGGCGGUGGAUGUGGAGGCUCGUCUACGGGCCUCUUCUCCCUGUCCAGCGACACCCUGGACUCCACCACCUGCGGCAGCCACGACCCGUCCUCGGCGGCGGCGGAGGCAGCGAACGCCAACCUGCUGGGCAACAUCAUGGCGUGGUUCCACGACGUCAACCGGCCCGGCGUGGCGCUGGAGUCCUCCACCUCCUCCGACACGGACGUGGACGCGCUCCUUCCCCACGCCGCUGGAGGAGGAGGAGGAGGAAGAGGGGGAGGGGCAGGGUACCUGGAGGUGAAGAGGACAGCCUCCGCCCCCCUCUCGGAUGACGCCAAGCUCCGGGAAGGGGAGGAGCGGCGGGGGGUUAGCGGCGGCGUUCCCGGGAGACAGACGCACUCCGAGAGGGACGCCACCGCCCCUGCCGCCGCCGCCAUCGCCACGGUAACCCCCGCCGUGGAGAGGCCCACCCAGCUGGACCUGAAGGGGCGGGAGACGUCGUCGUCGGGGGAGACCUUCGACGUGACGGACGCGGGCAGGGACAGGACGUGCCACGUGGACACGCCGCAGUGCUCCUCGACCUCCGACCCGCUGGCCAGCAGCAGCUCCUCGGAGUGGGAGGAGCAGAUCCACACCGUGUGACCCACGGAGGAGGAGGAGGAGGAGGAGGAGGAGGAGGUCGCGAGAGGAAGAGGAGGACUUGUUAUGUGGAGAAGGCCCGGCUAAAUAAGCAGGGGGAAAUAGAGGAAAGGAAGGCAGUAGGUGGUAGAGUAGGUGUUGGCGGGUUGACUGGGUCGGGGACUAAGACUGGGGAAUGUGUUACAGGUCGCCAUCUUCUGAGUCCCUUCUCAUCUUCAUGAGUCGUAGUUCUCCUAGCGGUAGUUCACAGAGGUUGGCUGCAGUGGAAUUAGUGGCUUGCACUCACCUUCUGCUAGACCCAUCGGUUCCUGUCAUGGGCGUGAUUGGGCAGCCCGCUACUCAGUGCUAUCUGUCUGGGUGGGUGGUGGGCUGGAUUCCCUACGGUAAGCACUCACUGAACCAAUAACUGAACCAAUAGAUUUUCGAGGCCACGUGUUAAUGUAACGUCGAUUGAGUGCUUGUGUAAAUGAGUCGCGUCUCUGGAUUCUGUGCUAGAGUGACGUAAGAAUAUUUCUACGUCUUCUGUUACCUUUUUUUUUUUCUUCCACUGGAGUAAAAGCCUACUGUAGUUUUCGGGAUGAGUUUGAAACUUAAUUAGAGCGCAGAGAUUUAUUUACAUGUUAUUUGACUCGGUAUCUCGCCGUCUGUGUAACGCUAUUCACUCCUCUCCUUAUCAGCCUUCCGGUAAAUGGGUGCCAAACACUGACUAGCAAGAGCGCAGUUUGUCGUCACCAAGUGGAUUAUUCAAAGCAAAUUGUGCCUCUUUGCAUUUUUGUUGACCCGACAAACUGAGUCAUGAAAUGGGAUCUCAGUUUGAGAGCCCCGUCUUUCAGAUACGAUUAUUAUUAUCAUUAUUAUUAUUAUUAUGAGUGCAUCCUUUAAGAUGUUAAAAGGGGGUUGUCUUUGAAGUAACUAUACAUAAAUAUUAUCCAUAGCGUAAUUUCUACUAUAAAUAGUAGGUGAGCUGCUAAGACAACAAGCCGCCUACGGUUUCAUUCAAUGGAAUUAUAAGUGUAUACUUAUUUAGUACAUGUCCUUAUUUUGAAAGAAAUGGCUCAAAAAGUAAUUGCAAUCUUGCUUAUUGUGAACUAAAGAAAGAAUGUACUGUAUGUUCUGAAUCUGCAGCAAUCUCACACGGCUUAACUGGCAGAAGAUAUCCAUUGUAACCAAGCCACUGAGAUGGUAUGUAGUGGGUGACCUUGAGCUCUGUGACUUAGUUAAUCAGGCCUGAGUCAUUUGUAUUUGUCCUCAGCAACAUGGUGCCCGGCUAAAGCUUUAGCUGAGCCAAUUCCAAGUAACAUCUGGAGCCUUCAGAAGAACGGUUUCCGACGCAUUCUCUCACAGUGCCUUCCUAUAUCGAAACGUAUUAUUAUAAUUAUUAUUCUGUUGACGCUCUUCUUAAGAGUGUUACUGAGCAGUAUUCACAAACCAUAUAGAAAUAUAUAAUUUAUAAUAUAUAUAGUAUAAAAUGGUGUAUAAAAUAAGUCAUGUUUACCUUAAAUUUGACUUCCCUCACCCUUGGUAAUGUAUGUGCCCCAACAAAAUAUAUCUAAUUUAAAUGACUUGAUAUUUUAACGGCCUUUCUGAAAAUACUUAAUUGGAUCCCUGGUGACGAGAGUUCAUUGUUUUUUUUUAUUAAGGAAGUACAUAAUGUUUAUAUUGAAGUAUACAUUAUGGCUUGGUUUAUGUCUCCCCUCGGCUUUUUGUGCUGAUCUGAAAUGGUUGACCUGGGUUAUUUUGGAAGUAGACGUGAAAGUAAAGACUUGAUGCGUAAACUCAAGAGGGUUGACUCGGUGAACAAGAGCACUGCGACAAUUGACUACCUAUCGCCUCCACCACGAGAUGAAGGAACACCCUUCAAAGCAGCAAUUUAUGUCGAAGCAAAGACCAGGCGCCGCGUCUGAGACGAAAAAAACAACGCGACGCAGCGAGUCGAAACGGUUCGCGAGCUGAAACGGUGUAAUUUGCUCCCAUGUACAGUAGAUGUGUCACAGCCGAGGGGCGUAAAUAGGGUUCGUUAUCUGGAAAUGAAGUCCCCGCUAAUGGAGUGUUUGUUCUGGGGGACCUCCGCGGCGCCCGAACGUAGCAGUGGAUCUUAAUGUGUUGAUGGCUUUGAAACGCGUCUUUGAAGAUGUAUAGCACGCGCGCGCUACGACGCGGUGAGUCAUUAGUCGACGACGGUGCGGUGUGGUAAUGAGUGCGGUUGCAAAGUGUUCCCCCCACUCCUAUUUCUUCUCCACUGUGUGUGUGUGCGUGUGUGUAAAAGGGCACGAGUCCUCCUUAAGGAUUGUGUGUUCUCCUGUGUAUUGCACUUCCGAUUGUUCAGGUGAUUAUGAUUUUAAAACUGACAAAACUUUUUGUAACACAUUAAGAUUUUUCUAUUGUAAAGUAACUAAUCCUUGAGAUGCCGUUUGCACUUUCAUAGUUUAUACUUGAUACAUUCCCUCUUUAUAUGAAAGGAAAAAAAGUGUGCUGAUGCCAAUAAAAUGAGUUGAGUUUUAUUGAA